AUUAUUGUAUUGGAUUGGUCAAAUGCGCCUAGGUCAUGAUGCGCUUGCCUUUCAGCUGGCUGGUUUAAUUUUUUGUGUUUGUGUGGGUUAUGUAAACUUUAUUUUAUUUUAGGUCGAAAUGAAUGAUGUACAACAAAUGUUAUAUUUAACGUUUUAUAUUUUAUCAGUUCAUAUGCUGCAUGGAAUUUCGAAAUGUUCCACAUUAUGGAAACUGAACACAGAAGAAGGGAAAAUUGUAAGCACGAAUCAGUUUCCGAACUUGGUUUCUCUUCCCGGAAUGAAUUUAGAGCACCAAAGUUUGGAAGACGAAAUAUUUGAUAUUAUUACUUCGACUGUGCAUCACGGAAAGUCGUGGACGAAAAGGAGCUCAGAUGAUUAUUGUACGGAUUGUCAAUCGCCAAAUUAUAACGACCAGCAAGGCCCCGCGAACAAGACGGGGGCCGGGGCCGACGACCGCCCCGAGGGGGAGCCCCCGGAGCCGGACGGCAGCGAAGAGUCCCUGGACUGCGGCAGGCCCGCCAACUUCACCUACUACGACAGCCUGGUGGGGGUGGCCAACAGGCAGAGCCACCCGCGGGUGCCCGAGCCCCACGCGGCCCUGCUCUUCAGGAAGAAGGGCUCCAAGUCCUCGGAGCUGGAUGUCGACCUGCUGGAGCGGAGGCUUAAGAAGACCAAGAGAGAGAAGCCCAAGUCGGUGCAGCUGUACAACCAGCUGGGCAACUUCUGGAGGAUCAAGGGCAACGCUCACAAGUCCAUCGAGUGCUUCAGGCGGGCCCUGGCGGUGUCCCCUCACAACGCAGAAGUGCUCCUGAACCUGGCCAGGGUGCUGUUCAACCUGCAGUACCUGGACGACGCCAUCUACCUCACCCGGCGCUCCCUGGAGGUGCAGCCGCCCGACAAGAGUGCCUGGCAGCAGUACUUCACCCUCGGGCAGAUAUUCAAGGCGUACGGCCACCAGCAGGAGGCGGCGCUGCACCUGAGGCACGCCCUCGCGCUCAAGCCGGACUUUGAGCCGGCCGCCGAGGCCCUCAAGGACGUGUCCUCCGUCGCGGACACCACCAUCCACGUCUACACCGUGCUGAUCAUCGUCUGCCUGGCGCUGGGGGUGCUGCUGAUAGUCCUGUCCUCGACGGACCCGGCGCUGGAGCCCGGCUGCUGCGAGGCCAGGACCCAGCGCCACUCGAGCCGCGCCGCGGCCGUGCGCGGCCUGAAGCCGGGCGUCUCCCCGCGCGCGCGGCGCUGCGCCGGGGGCGUGUCUGCCAUCUGCGGCUGAGGCGCGCGCCGGGACGAGACCACGCGACGGCACUGAGCCGACACCCGCAGUGCGAGCUGCACCCAUAGGCGUAGCUGUGUUCAUAAUGUUGGGGGGGGACAAAUAAUGGUUUUGAGAUGUCACGUAAACCCAUUCCCCCUCCUACUGAGACGGGGGGGUUGUCCGGGGGGGUCCUCCACUGGAAAAAUUUUGAUUUUAAAAGUGCAAAACAGCGCUUUUCAAGCGGUUUUUCGUAUCCAACCAUCGGAUACGUCUAUGUUAAAAUUAUUAUUAUUAUUGUUUCCGUAAGAUGAAAUUUGAUGAGUGAAGAAAUCACAAAUAAAGUUGGGCAGAAUAAUAUUAUAAAAUAAAAAAAAUAUCACGGUCUAGAAAGUUGGGGGGGGGACAGUCCCCUCCGGCCCCCAAAAAGUUCAGGGGGACCCGGCCCCCCUGUCCCCCCCGGUUCCUACGCCCCCGGGUUGUACCGUGGAAUUAAGUAGCAGUUAACCAGAACUCAGUUCAGUUUUAAUGUUUAAGAUUCAAGGAAAUUUAUUUUUCAUUCAAGAAAAUUGUACCAAAAUUUAUAUGGAUCAGAAAAAUUUAAUUGAAUUUAUUUUUAUCCUGAAUGCAUUUGCUUUAGAGCAAUUUAAUAAGAAUUAUUUUACCGUUAAAAAACGAUGCAUAAAAUUUUGACCCGUAUUUUGGUGGAAUAGGUAAGUAUUACAAAACAGCUUAUAUAAAAAUAAAAAAACAAUAACACCAAAAUCCUCUUGUUUUAAAAACUUAAGUUGGACUGAAAAUGAAACCUUAAAGAAUCUUGUCUCUACUAAUAAUGUAGUCAUACCACUCCACGCAAGCCAUGCAUGUAUCUUUUACAAGUGUUACAAGUGUAUGGUUAGUACAAUAGACCCGCCAAGUUAAAUAAAAUAGUUCUGGCUGUGUUGGAGGGCUAACAUGUAAAAAGUUUUGGCAUUCUUUAUAUAAGUAGAGACAAGAUUUUAUGGUGUAAUGAAAAAGCCAAUUUUUUUCAUUAAAAAAUAAUGGAUUUUGUCUUUAUCAUCACUAAAUUAAUUAAAAAAUUAAAUUGCAAUGUUAAAAGCCUUGGGACGUUUCUCUAUAGGUCUUUUUAGUCAUGUCUGUAGGAUAACAGCUAUAGACUACUUAAUCUAUACAUAGAAUGUAAUUUUUUUAAUACUUUGUACAUAACAGUUUAGGUUAUUAAAUUAAAUGUUUUUAUUAGACAAAAUGAGGUAUUUGAGGUGAAUUUUGCUGUAUUGUGUUUUGCCUAGCAUUUCAGUUAUGCGGUUUGUAGACUUCCAUUUGGGUGUUAUUUUCAUAAGUGAAACUUCUUUGGCCACAUUGUGGGUAAAAUUUCAAGGCCGAAUUUUAAUGCAACGUUUUCAUGAAACAUUGUGGAACAUUUCUGAUGCGAAAAGGACAGAGAAUAGGUACUCAUCCAAAGAGAUAUAGAGAGAGCACUGUGCAAUAUACGUAGCAGGGCUCAUUUUCAUUCUCCUUCUCUUCCUUUGUGCGAUGAUUUGUUCCCCUCCCAAAAAAAGAAAAUAUAGUACCGAGAGAGAUAGAGAACUAAAGAGUAAGCCAGUGUGUGCGCAUGCGCUUGUUUCAGAAAAUAGAUAUAAGUAUUCUAUACAGUCAGCUGUGAAUGCUUUGAAUUUUAUCAGCACGCUCGCGUUCCUCCUCGUUCAACCAGCAGCGUAGAGCGCGCUGUUGCGACAGUCCCUGCAUUUCCCUCGUAGACAGCGCUACUGGUCCAUAUUUCAAUCAGAGAUUUGGCGUGUUCCAAAUUGCAGAAUUGUUUGAAGGAACAUGAACACGCACAGUUUUUUCUUUGUGGUAUAUUUCAGCAGCAAGUAAUAUUUAUUUAGUAAAUGGUCUUGUUUUUCUCCUCUGCCACUGUACACCUUAUGAAUUAUGAUAUACUUAAGUCAAGGUUUUAAUCGCCAAAAACGUCUCGCCUCCAUCAUGUGCACCGAGUUACACACUUUUUUUUCCUUCAAUGAGACAUGAAUGGUUGACAUGUGAAUAUUUCUGUUAUAUCAUAAAAUUUGUACAAUAGCAUGUAUUUAUAUAUUUUUUAUGGUAAGCAUUGUAAAUGAGAGGGUGCCAUUUCGUUUUAUUUAAAUACUAUUUGACCGAGGUUUGUUGAGUAGUGACCUUCUGUAGAUUUAAUACACAGUUUCACUAACUAUAAAUUUAUUUUUAGUGUCAGGGAAGUCAGGCGAAUGUGUAACUGACCUUGGACUGUAAAGUGUGUGUACAUGCAUGUGCUAAACAGUUACUGAGCGUGAAUCGGAUGCUGGCGUCUGUCCUAAAAUUGCUGCAGCCGCUGUUCUCUCCUACUCUUUACAAGUAGUUCAGCACUAACAGAUUGUGCCCAAUAGGGAUACGUGGAAAGUUCACGAAUUCAGGCAACCUGUUCAUAAAUAAAGCGUGUUGAUUUUAUAAGGUGAUAUCUAGUGCAUGGAAUUGUUUCUCUAUGAACCUGAGUGCUUUAAUAUUGUAAUUACAUCUUAUGUAUUAUUUUAAAAAUGACUAUAUAAAAAAUAUGAUAAAAGAAACAAAGUUUGUGGUUGUUAAAUUUUAGUGAAAUUUUUAAAGCAAAAACUGUUGUGCACUAGACAAGAUGAGUUUAUAGUGUAGAUAACUUGGUAAUUAAAUAAAGGCCAGUAUGAAAAAAAAAAAUAAA